CGUCGUCUCCAGUAUCUUCGCUCCAAGUCUAACCCGAGUCCUUCUUUCUCUGAUUGAAGCUUCUGCAACUCUGUCAAUUGGUUAACAAUGGCGGAAGCUUCGGUCAAACCCACUCCUCUUCUGAAAGAUGAACUCGAUAUCGUCAUCCCUACGAUUCGAAACCUGGAUUUCUUGGAGAUGUGGAGGCCAUUUUUUGAGCAAUACCAUUUGAUCAUUGUUCAAGAUGGUGACCCAUCGAAGACGAUUAAGGUUCCUGAAGGAUUCGAUUAUGAACUCUAUAAUCGGAAUGAUAUCAAUCGGAUUCUUGGUCCGAAGGCGUCUUGCAUUUCCUUUAAGGAUUCUGCUUGCCGAUGCUUCGGCUAUAUGGUUUCCAAGAAGAAGUACAUCUUCACAAUUGAUGAUGAUUGCUUUGUUGCGAAGGACCCCUCGAACAAAGAUAUCAACGCACUCGAGCAGCACAUAAAGAACCUUCUAUCACCAGCCACUCCACAUUUCUUCAAUACUCUGUAUGAUCCAUACAGAGAAGGUGCAGACUUUGUCCGUGGAUACCCUUUCAGUCUCCGCGAGGGUGUCCCGACCGCGGUUUCUCAUGGACUUUGGCUUAACAUUCCUGACUAUGAUGCUCCUACUCAGCUCGUUAAGCCUCGUGAAAGGAACUCUAGGUAUGUAGAUGCAGUCUUGACAAUUCCCAAGGGAACCUUGUUUCCCAUGUGUGGAAUGAAUCUCGCAUUCAACCGUGAACUGAUCGGACCCGCUAUGUAUUUCGGACUCAUGGGUGAUGGGCAGCCGAUUGGACGUUACGACGAUAUGUGGGCCGGGUGGUGUGUGAAGGUGAUUUGUGACCAUUUGGGGUGGGGAGUGAAGACAGGGCUGCCUUACAUAUGGCACAGCAAAGCCAGCAACCCAUUUGUGAACCUCAAAAAGGAGUACAAAGGGAUCUUCUGGCAAGAAGACCUGAUCCCGUUCUUCCAGUCGGUCGUUCUCCCGAAAGAUUGCACGACGGUUCAGAAAUGCUACAUCGAGUUGUCGAACCUAGUGAAGGAGAAACUCGGCCCCAUCGAUCCUUACUUCGUUAAGCUCUCGGAAUCAAUGGUCACUUGGAUUGAAGCCUGGGACGAGCUCAACCCUGGUGGCCCUGCUCAGAACUAGGCUUUGCAAGGAACCAGGAAAACACAUUUGGGAUGCAGUUGUUUUGAUGAGUCUUUUGCUAAUCCUUUUCCCUUUCAGUAUAAUUUCAAGCUUAGAAGAUUGUUUGCUGUUAUAUUCCAAACUAUUUUGAUUUAAAUGUUUCAAAAUUACUUCUUAAAAGA